AUGGAGGCCGCGGCCGACCCCCGCUUGCUGCUGCUGCCGCUGCUGAGGGAGCUGCUGGCGCCGCCCUGUCUGGACCCCGAGUCGCCCCCGGGACCCCCGGCGCCGCCCGAGCCGCGACCCCUGCGAUGCAGGUCCCUCUGGCCUGCCUGCCAGGCCUCGCUCCUGCGCCUCCUCCGAAAGGCAGAAGAGGAGCUGGCUCGGCCCCCCAUCGCCAGCGCCCAGGCCCCGGGCCCCUGCCGGGAGCCGAUGGCCCUGGGGUCCCUGGGGCCCCUGGCCAUGGCCCAGGGCUCCAAGAACAUGCGGAGAGCAGCCAGCCCCAAGCGCCGCCUCCCUGAGCACCCCCAGGCGCCAUCGCGGAGAAGACCCCGGAAGCAGCCGCACCCUCGCCAGGGCAGCCAGAAAGGCGAUCUCGAGUUCAAAGGGGUGACUCUGAAGUUCCAGAUGAACCCCGACUGCAGCUUCCGGAUCUCACCUACCUACAGCCUGGCCGGUACCAGCCUCGCUCAGAAACCCUUUCCCAACCCAGCCAGGGUCCCCGAGCCCAACCAUGGUGGCAAUGAGAUCUUGGAACCCCGGCGCUGUGCUUCGUGCAGAACCCAGAGGACCCCGCUGUGGAGAGAUGCGGAGGACGGGACCCCCGCUCUGCAACGCCUGUGGAAUCAGAUACAAGAAAUAUGGUACCCGUUGUUCCAGUUGCUGGCUGGUGCCCAGGAAAAGUGUCCAGGCCAAGCGUCUGUGUGGCAGUUUCUCCAGGAGAAGAGAGGGCAGACCUCCUCAGAAGCCCGCGUGCUCUCAGCUACUUCCCACUCAAGUUCCCAAGUUGGAGAGCCAGGCCUCGGGGGGGCUGCAGGACCCCAGGCUCCUCCCUUCUCAGUCCAGCCCUGCUGGGCGCCAAAUAAAGGAAAUGCCAGAGCAGAGGUGGUUCACUGUCAUCAUUAA